UACGCCACAGCAAUGACGGUCUUUGAACGGGUGCCUCUGGGUCGGAAGGGGGGAAGUAGGUCUGCAUUUCAUUACUUGUAUUGCGCUGCAUUCUUCAUUCCCCCUGACUAUCCUCGUGUUUACAUAUUUCCUUCACUACGGACACUCCCCAGUUAUUAUUCCCGCCUGCAGUCCUGGCAACGCUCAGCCACUCUUAUGUCAUAGCUCAGCCACGCCCAGCACGACGAACCGCAGUCUAAACAGUCUAACCGUCACCGGUUGGUCCUUCAAAAGCCCUUGGGCAGGCCCCGAUCGAAUCACCGUCGCUGCGAACAAAAGAGCGCUUUCCCCCACCUCCGCUGGCGUCUGUUUCUUCGCUCUGCUGCCAAUUUCCCUCCUGACCUUCUUUCCCCCUCUCCAUUCCCUCUAGAUCGCCUUUCCGUGCACUUCCUGUCGAGUCGUUGCCACCCCCACUGGUCCCGCUACACUCCCGGGCUUCCGCAACGACUUCGCGAUGAGUUUGAAGGGCUUUCAGAAGACCCUGGUUCGGGCGCCCCAGACCUUCAAGUCCCGGUUCAACAUUGGCGAAAACACCAAGGAUGUCGUCUACAGUGACGCCGAGCGCCGCUUCCAGGAACUCGAGAAGGAGACCAAAAAACUCCACGACGAGUCCAAGAAAUAUUUUGACGCUAUUAAUGGCAUGCUCAGCCACCAGAUCGAAUUCUCCAAAGCCAUGACCGAAUUAUACAAGCCCAUUUCCGGCCGUGCCUCCGACCCCAGCUCCUACACGAUCGAAGGCAACCCGGAAGGAAUCCAGGCGUGCGAGGAAUACGAGGCCAUCGUUCGCGACCUGCAGGAGUCGCUAGCGCCCGAAUUGGAAAUGAUCGAGAGCCGGAUCAUCAGCCCGGCCGAUCAGCUGCUCGAGGUGAUCAAGGUGAUCCGGAAGGUCGCGGUGAAGCGAGAUCACAAGAAGCUGGACUACGACCGACAUCGCAACUCGCUGAAGAAGCUGCAGGACAAGAAGGACAAGUCGCUCAAGGACGAGAAGGCGCUCUACAAGGCCGAAAACGACGUCGAGCAGGCCACCCAGGAAUUCAACUACUACAAUGACCUCAUGAAGGACGAGCUGCCGAAGCUGUUUGCCCUCGAGGCCGAGUUCAUUCGUCCGCUGUUCCAGUCCUUCUACUACAUGCAACUCAACGUCUUCUACACGCUGCAUGAGAGAAUGCAAGGGAUAAAUAUCGGGUACUUCGAUCUGACGCUGGACGUGGAAGAGGCGUUCGAGAAGAAGCGAGGCGACGUGAAGGAGCGCGCGGAGGAGCUCACCAUCGUGCAUUUCAAGACUAAGGGCUUGGGUCGCCAGAACUCGAAAUUCGGCCCCAAGGAUAAAAUGGCCAACGAGGGCAAGGAGCGCUUUGCUCCGCGACAGAAGGACCCCGAGGCCGGCGUCGACAACCCCCCGCCGCCUUACACCUCUGCCGCCAGCUCCGGCAGCAGCUUCAUUGCGGCCGCCAAGUCAAAGCCCGCGCCUCCCCCGCCCAAGCCCAAGCCUGCCCGUUUCGCCGCGCAAGUCGAGACCGUCACGGCCCUGUACGACUACGAAGCUCAGGCGCAUGGCGACCUUAGCUUCUCCGCGGGCGAUGUCAUUGAAAUCGUCCAACGGACGGAUAACCAAAACGAAUGGUGGAGUGGCCGUGUUGACGGCCGCGAGGGUCAAUUUCCAGCAAACUACGUUCAACUCAAUUAGUUUCUCAGUUGGUUUGGUUCAACCUAUAUAUCAUUCUUAAUGUCGUUCACGCGGAUGCUUUCUGUUUUGUCGGGAGUUGUGGAAAUACCACAGGCUCUUCUCUUGCUUCUUCCUUCUAUCUAUCUACAUUGACGUCACUCUUACUCCCACGAGUCCCAUGUCAACUUCCCUUUUUUCCUUUUUUUUUUUUUUUUUUUUUUUUUUUU